CGGACGUACAAUAAGAUGAUACUAUUACUUUGUAAUGAGUUGAUGACAUUUGAUGUUUGUAUAUAAUUUGAUUUGGUGGUGACAAUUAAGACUUUGAUAAUCAUCAAAUGGCAUUAUUGUUUAAUUUUAUUAAGAUGCUAUUAUUAGAUUGAAAAUUCAGUCGACUAAUUUUUGUUAAAUGAAGACAUUUUUGACAUUCAAAUUCACUCUUCUACCAUUGAAACUGGAAUAAGAUUAUUCUCAGCUUGCUACUUAUUAUGAUAAAUUCAAAUUUGCAGCAAAUGGGCUGAAAGGAAAGCGCAGCAAGGCAGCGUACUUGGAGAACUGGGCGCUGAACAACGCUCUUUUGGCUGACGGCGAGUCAGCAUUCCGAGUUACCUUCGAGUGGACUCAGGACCUGGGAAUUCCAGGAGCAUUCAUCAUCAUCAACAACCAUCCCAAUGAGUUCUUCCUCAAAACCCUAACCCUAGAUGAAGUUCCCGGUCAUGGCCAGGUCCACUUUAUAUGCUUCUCCUGGGUUUAUCCUGCUACCAACUAUAACUACGAUCGCGUCUUCUUCUCAAACCAGGCAUAUCUACCCUGCCAAACGCCUAUUCCAUUGAAGCAAUAUAGAGAGAAAGAAUUAGUAAACCUGCGAGGCCAGGAAACUGGUGAGCUUAAGGAAUGGGAUAGGGUGUAUGACUACGCUUACUACAAUGAUCUUGGAGACCCAGAUAGAGGCCAUGAAUAUGCUCGGCCAGUCCUGGGUGGGGAUUCCAGGUAUCCUUAUCCGCGACGAGGAAAAACAAGCAGACAACAAACGGAAACAGAUCUAAAUACUGAGAGAACAUUUCCACUGCUGAGCAGCUUAGUUAAUCAUAAUUAUCUACCGAGGGAUGAGAAUUUCGGGCACCUGAAAUUAGCAGACGCUCUUGGUUAUGGAUUAAAAUUUCUAUCUCAGUUCGUUAAUCCAGCAUUUAAGUCUUUGUCUGAUUCCACUCCAAACGAGUUUGACAGUUUCGAAGAGAUACUGAACCUCUAUGAACAAGGCAUGAAAUUGCCUGAAUGGCAGAAACUCCUCACUGAUAACUUUUCCAUUGAAAUGCUAAGAGAAGUUUUCCGCAGUGAUGGGGAGGGGCUCUUUAAAUUCCCAACCCCAAAGGUUAUCCAAGAGGAUAAAACAGCGUGGAGAUCAGAUGAAGAAUUUGGAAGACAAAUGCUGGCAGGAACGAACCCUGUCACUAUUAGUCGGUUACAAGAUUUCCCGCCAAAAAGCAAACUAGACCCUAGAGUUUAUGGGGACCAGACCAGUAAAAUUAACAAUGAGCACAUCCAGAAAAGCUUAGGUGGUUAUUCUGUCGAGGAGGCAAUUAAGAAUGAACGGCUAUUCAUAGUGGACUACCAUGACACAUUUAUGCCAUACUUGAGGCGCAUAAAUGCAACAAAUAACAAGGCAUAUGCCUCAAGAACCCUGCUUUUUUUGAAAACAGAUGGAACUUUGAAGCCAGUAGCAAUUGAGCUUAGUUUGCCGCAUCCACUUGGAGAUAAAUUUGGCGCUGAUAGCAAAGUGUACACGCCAUCUGAGCAUGGUGUAGAUUAUGGCUUGUGGCAGUUGGCUAAAGCUUAUGCUACCAUGAAUGAUGCGGGCUUUCAUCAAGUGGUCAGCCACUGGUUGAAAACACAUGCAGUAAUAGAGCCAUUUGUGAUAGCAACAAAUAGGCAGUUGAGUGUACUCCACCCAAUAUAUAAGCUUCUGCAUCCUCAUUUCCAUGAUACAAUGGCUAUAAAUGCUUUGUCUCGGGAAAUAUUGCUUAAUGCUGGUGGGUUGUUCGAGAAAACGUUGUUUCCUGACAAAUAUUCAUUCGAAAUUUCUUCCAUGGUGUACCGGGACUGGGACUUCACUAAAAAUGCACUCCCAACUGAUCUCGUUGAGAGGGGUGUUGCUAUUGAGGACUCAUGUUCCCCACACGGUGUUCGCCUGCUUAUUGAAGACUACCCGUAUGCUGUUGAUGGACUAGAAGUAUGGUCAUCUAUCAAAACAUGGGUUGAUGAAUAUUGCAAGUUAUAUUACAAAUCUGAUGACAUGAUUCAAAAAGAUGUUGAACUCCAGUCUUGGUGGAAGGAAAUCAGAGAGAAAGGACAUGGCGAUUUGAAAGACAUGCCAUGGUGGCCUAAAAUGAAAACAAUCCAGGAGCUUAUUGACUCUUGUACCAUUAUUAUCUGGAUUGCAUCUGCGCUUCAUGCAGCUAUCAACUUUGGACAAUACUCUUAUGGUGGUUAUAUCCCUAAUCAUCCUCCCAUAACCCAAAGAUUCAUGCCCACCCCAGGAACUGAUGACUAUAAAGAGCUUGAGACUAAUCCAGAUAAGGUGUUCCUCAAAACAAUAACCCCUCCCUUUCGAGCACUACUAGGCAUGUCCCUUGUUGAGAUUCUCUCCAGGCACACUUCGGAUGAGGUGUACUUGGGGCAAAGAGAGUCCUCUGAGUGGACAAGUGAUAAGGAAGCACGGGAUGCAUUUGCACGAUUCGGAAAGAAGUUGAGCGACAUGGAAGACCGCAUAGUGAAAAUGAACAUAGCAGGAAAACUGAAGAACAGGAUAGGACCUGUGAUGAUGCCAUACACCUUGCUCUUCACUUCAAGUGAACCCGGUCUCACAAGCAAGGGCAUUCCAAACAGUGUCACAAUCUAGAUCGAUCUUCAGAAUUCGAAGUGUAUUAUUUACUUUGUGUUUGAUAUAUAUCCUACUUUCACUUAAAUAAACUUACCCUACUCCUCCCCGAAAGUCUGUUCAUGUCACUACAUAAAUAAAUUGCUAUGCAUUACAAUGUUAUAAGAGCAUUAGCCACUCAAUAAUAAUACUCUGAGAAUGAAAUAUCUCAAGCGCAUACGAUUGAAGUGUGUUCUUUGAUUUCUCC